UUCUGGGUCUCUGAUCUCUAGCUUGUUUACUCUCAAUUAAUGAUUAUUAUGAAUAUUCAAAUUUCUUAAUUUUACUCUAUCUGUACUACCUAGAUGUGCCAAUCCAUGUACUGUUCCCCUGUUAUACAUUACUCAAUGUCUAAUAUCGGACUCAGUAUAAAUGUCUGGCUAGGCUCUCGCCUACCCUAAUUCACAUAUCCAAAGUGUAUUUUUGGGCUGCCAUUUAAAGCUAAUUUUCCUACCUGUCCUAUCCUGGGACAGUGUAACUGACUUACCUUCGGGUCGGCUAGGGUUAACUAUGCCCGUGCUACCGCCCCGCGAGAUCAGCGGGACGGAUGACGCGCUCUCCAUUGUUUUGGCGCUGGCAUGGAGACGGCGUCGUUAGCCGGGCCACGCCCACCUUAGACCGGAAGCGGAUAAGUCGUCAGACGCCGCUCUUCUCUGACAUGUGUGUGAGUAGCCGGCACGGAAGCUAGGCUCCCCGCCACUGCGGGUUAUACACACAUCGUCAGGUUUUAUCCCAGAUAGACGCCAUAACCGUUGCGUCCGGGUCCUGUCAUUUAUAUGCUGUAAAUGAGUAUUGUGCAUCACAUCCAGCACGCUCUUUGUUGGGGUCGCUAUUGUAUCGAGCUACCCCGAUAUUAAUUCUCAUAUACAAUAACUGUAUUGUUCUACGCCAGUUAGCCCCUGAUGAGGUCACAUGUAACCAUGUGCUGAAACGCGUUGGGCAUAGCUAGCAACUAUAUCUAUAUUAUCUAUCAGCAGCAUACAAUUUACAUUGGGCUACUGCAUUUGUGGGACAAUCCCUUUACAUGCAAUUUUAACAGCCUUGUUAGUGUCUAUCCUUAGGUCACAGGGCUGACACCUGCCUUGUCACCUAUUCGUACAUCACUUUGUUUAAAUCAGUGUGUUUUAGACGACUUAUUAAAAGCUAUGUUUUAUUAGCACCUAUACAGUUUUCUCUCCCCCCCUCUUAUCUACUUGUUUAUUUUUGGGAGUUGUCUAUACUAGGCAGUGGACACCACUAUCUGUCCACAAUACUAUUUUCUUGAUUUAUUCACUCUAUUGGCUAUGGCUAGCCUGGUAACAGGUACACCCAAUUUGGACGAUUGGAUUAGUGAGGCACGUGACGUCUUUUCAGACAAAACACUAGUACAAUCUAGGUAUACACCGUCCCUCAAAGCAGCUUUCCGAGAAUUGACACAGUGUCAUAAAUCAUACAUCACGAGUUUUUGGGAGGUUCAAAGUUUUGAGUCUUACAUAAAGAACAAAAUAGUGCCUCGCGGACUGCGGAUAGCUAUCUUACCAUCGUUAAGACUCCGCACACCGGAGGUACUAAAAAAGUGGGAGGAGGAGGCCACCAUUUGCUCAGUAAAAUUCCUUGAAAUCCUGCUCGAGGAAGAAAAAAGAAACCUGGAGGUCUCUGGUAUAAAACUUAGAGAACAACAAGACAUUACCGCUAAAUUUAAAGGUGACCCUGAAUUUCCAACAAAAGAAACCCAACUAAAAAAUACCAUUGAAAGAUUUUGCUACCAUCUGAAAGAACGCAAACACAUACAGUUUACCAGAGACCUCCAGGAUUUUCGGGAUAACCGUGCAUAUACGGUACUGGAUAAAAGUUAUCAACAAAGGGAAACUGAGACAGAGGCUUCCUCCUCAGAGACAGACGCCUCUGACCGAGAAAAAAACAAAAGUGACAAAGGAAGGGGAAGGGGUAGAUCAUAUCGAUAUAGAGGAAAAAAUAGAUCUAGGGCCCCAGCAAGAAAUCAACAAUAUAAUCAACAAUGUGGAACUGUGCAAGCUGGACCCUCUAUACCCUCUUCUCCCUCAGUAUCACAUUCUUUUUUAGGGGAGAAUCCCUACCUCCUCAGAUCGACAGCAGGACGAGGCAAACAAUAGAUAAUGUACCCCAAAAUAAAAAGACUCCACAGAUAUUGAAUUUAUCUGACCAGAUCCUCCCUGAUACCCAGUUGGCUGUUCUGACUAGAGGUUUGUCAUUUGUGCCCACUGUAAAUUUUGACGCCUUUACAUGGACGAAAGAUAUUAGCCUCUUUACACGUAAGCUCAGUUGGCACAAGUUUCAUCUAGAUAUGGAACGUAAUAACUGUCAGGCUCUGGGUAUCUCAGUAGAGGAUUUGGCUACAGUGAGGGAUCUCACUGAGCUCCUGGAAACGGGCGAAAGGGACCGAGGAACUGGACCUUUCACAGACCUUAGAUUAAAAAGUAAAAAACAACCACCCACUAGUGAAAUUUCCUGUAUUGAAGUGUUUAAGGAGCUGGUUGCCCGAGACCUUAAAAACCUCAUCAAGUUGGAUAGCCCAGUUAGAAACAACUUAUCAUUUGAUGAAAGAAGAGCUAUGAGGGAAUUGAUAGAGAACAAUAACAUAGUGAUAAAGCCCUCGGACAAGGGGGGGAAUACGGUCAUUCUGGGUAGGGACCAGUAUAAAGAUAUGUGUUAUAAAAUCUUGAGGGAUAGAGAGUCCUAUGAGAUCCUCUCUGGUGACCCCACACAGACAUACAAACAGGAACUCACACUUAUUCUAGAGAAUGCUAGAUCUGAAAAGUUAAUCAGUGAUAAAGAAUUUGAAUUUUUGACUCCAGUUGCCCCAAUCACCCCCACGUUCUAUGCGUUACCUAAAAUUCACAAAGGGGUCACACCCCUUAAGGGUCGUCCUAUCGUCUCAGGAAUAGGCAGCAUAUCACAGAACGUGGGAGUGUAUGUGGAUAGAGUCCUUAGACACUUUGUCAUGUCUUUGCCAUCGUUUACACGUGACACAACGGACCUUUUAUCUAAACUUGAUGGUUUAGUGGUAGAGGAGAAUACCCUUUUAGGUGGAAUCGAUGUGGAAGCAUUAUAUUCCUCAAUUCCGCACGAUCAAGGCCUCAAAGCUCUAUCCUAUUAUCUGUCUUCUAGGGGCACAUACAUGCAGAGUCACAAUGCCUUCGUUUUGAAAUUGAUGGAAUAUAUCCUUGUCCACAAUUACUUUCUCUUCGACGGACGCCAUUAUCAUCAACUAAAAGGGACUGCCAUGGGCAGUCCCUGUGCGCCAACCUACGCUAACAUCUUUUUAGGUUGGUGGGAGGCCACAAUGGCGUUCGUCGGAGACAGAGAAAAAUAUCUGGACCUUGUCCCAUUCUGGACAAGGUAUAUAGAUGAUGUUCUUGUAUUGUGGACGGGCACAGCUUGUGAAUUUAAACAAUUCAUAGAAUCCAUUAAUCAAAACGAUUUGGGCCUUACUUUUACUUUCACUCUGGACCCAUCCUCCCUUGAUUUCUUGGAUGUGACCAUUGUGAAGGAUGCACUAGGUGGGCUUAUUACUAGGGUCUUUCGGAAAGCCACUGCUACUAAUAGCCUCCUGAGGUGGGAGAGUUGUCACCCGGGACCCCUUAAGAGGGGUAUCCCGAAGGGACAAUAUCUCCGCCUCAGGAGGAACUGUACACAAGAGAGGGAGUUUUUGAGACAGGCUGGGGAUCUGAGAUCCAGAUUCAGAGACAGGGGUUACCCGGACCGGGUUCUUAUUCCAGCUUUUAAACACGCAAAAGCUACCCCUAGACAACAAUUAUUGGUACUCAAGAAGCACCCGGAGACGGCACCUUUAUGUAGGGUGAUUGGUACCUUUGACAACAUGUCAGGCCCCAUACGUGAGAUAUUACAACGACAUUGGGGCAUAUUACAGAUGGAUAAAGAUCUCAGGACUUUUGUCGGAGAUUACCCACAAAUCACAUACAGAAAAGGGAAAAGUAUAGGGGACAUGGUCACGCAUAGUCAUCUUGCCCCUCUUCCCCCCCCUAGCACCUGGCUAGACAGAAGUAACAUCACAGGAUCUCACAAAUGUGGUCAUUGCCGGGCAUGUCCCUUUAUGAAAAAAACAGAAAGUGUUACCAUCACAAUUUCUAACAAACUAUUUAAGAUCAAAGAUUUCAUCAAUUGUAGUACCAGGGCAGUGGUCUAUGUCGCUGUAUGCUCGUGCGCCCUGAUGUACGUAGGUAAGACCAUCAGAGAAUUACGUCGUAGGGUGCUUGAGCACAUAGGUGACAUCAGAAACAAGAGAGACACUGCCCUGGCUAGGCAUGUGAAUGAGAUACAUGGUGGGGACACUAAGGGCAUGACUUUCUUUGGAAUUGAAAAGAUGAAUCCAUCUUCUCGAGGUGGGGAUCUAGACAAGCUUCUUCUACAGCGUGAAGCACGUUGGAUCUUUAAUCUAGAAACUGUCACGCCCAAAGGACUGAAUGAGCUGCUCUGCUAUGGGAGUUUUCUCUAG